CUCCCGACCACAACCACUCCUUCAUCCCCUCUCCCGUUCGUGGCGACCUUACCCUCUUUCUGUUCAUAUUUUGAAUGAUUUUCUCCUUGUGAUGCUCACUCAUCGUGGUUUCUCAGCCUGGAUCGUGGCUAACGGCAAGCCGCUUCCAGAAUAUUUGGUGGCGGUCGACGCGACUAAUCACCGCGUAUCGUGUUGGAUUCCAAGUGAAGAUGGCCAGGCCUUUGCAGUGUACUGGCAAGACCAUAACGGCAAGAUUGAUACAUGCUCCUUCAUAACUCUCGACGGACUUACCGUACCCGGGAGAUUCCUGCACGGAGACGGAAUUGCUUAUAGAUCUGGAGUCAGAACAUCCAAGACGACCGAGAGGCCUUUCGUUUUCCAACAAGUAACUGAGGAGGAAGCAAGCAAGUCAUCUUCCGGAGUCUCCUCGAGAGAUGCUGGAAUGGUUACUCUGCGUAUCAAGAGAGUAAAUCGCGUCUCCACUCGACCGCCGGAUCCUCAUCUAUCGCUGUCAACCUCAAAACAGGGUGUGUUACGGUCUGGGGACCACCGUGUUGGGUUUGGUGACGAAGUUCCGUCCUUCGAGCAGCUUGGUUUCACUUGGAUGGUCCGACCAUUCCAAUCGGGUUCGACUGCCAAAACGCCAAGCACCUAUGUGUCAUUUAUAUUCCGAUAUAGGUCGCGAGAGUUUUUGCGCACUCAAGGUAUCAUGCCCGAGAACGAACCGUCGCCCGUUUCGACUCCAAGACCUCUAGCGAGCUCAAGUAGUCAUGCCGGAGCGCCUAACCGUCGAAUUGCCAGUGCACCAGUGAUAAGUCAAGGAUUUGCUACUUCUCCACCCCCAUUCAUCACCCCCGCACCUUCACCAACGAUCUCGUCUGGGCCGGCUAGCCCAGCUUCGUCAUCUACAGGGCGAUCGUCUUCAAGCAGGUCGUCUUCAAAGGCAAGCUUGUAUAAUAGCGGCAAUCGUAUGCCGACUGCAGAUACACGUAGAGCAGUCAGUAUGAGACCAGGCCCCUACACACCGACUGGAUUGCCAGGUCAAGGAAUGAUCGGAAGGAGCAAGACACCGCUGCAGCCUCAAAACCAAGGAACGGCUAAUAAUCGACCUGACGUCAAUAAUGACUAGAACGAACGCAAUGGGCCCCUUAGGGGACUGAACUCCCCACGGAAGGAAAGAUAACAGGACCGAUCCCAGGACAAUGGACCAUGUAUCAAUUUCAGCGCUUACUCUCACAAUUGCUUUGAUAGCAUACAUCAGAUGCUUGUGAUUACUUUUCUCGCUAUCGUUUCUGCUUUCUGCUUUCUGCUCCUCCUUACUGCCCGCUUAACUCUGCUUUAUCCCGUUGUCGCUGUUACCUGUUAUAUAUACUGGCUAUAUGCUUUCACUGUUUUCGAUCCCUCAGCUAUGUCACCUAAGUAGUUACUUCAAUAUGCAUCUUUUCAUUAUUUACAC